AUGACACCUGGACAUAUUCCAUAUACAACCCAACAGUGUGAAAGUAACUACGUUAUUCAACCAGAAAAGCUCAUCUUUCAGCCAAAUGAAACAAUUUUAGUAACUGUUCAUGGGAAAACAAGCAAUGAUCUAUUUAAAGGUGUACUUUUAAUUGCAUAUGAUACUAAUAAUAUUAUUACUGGUACAUGGUCAACGACAGAUAGCAAUGUUCAGACAGCUUGUGGAGAUCAAAAUAUAACUAUAGCAUCUAUACCAGUAGUAACGACAACUUUAUUAUCAACAACAGAUGUCAGUGUUAACAUUACAUGGACAUAUGCAGAUGGGACAACAUCGAUUAAAAUGGUUACAAACAAUUUGAAUCUUCAACAAUGGGUAGCUUUGGGUCUAUCGGUUGAUGAGAUGAUGUAUCUGUCCGAUGGUACUAUUGGCAUGAAACGAAUGAUUAAUGCUGGAGGUUACACAUAUCCAACUGAGGUAACAUCAGAUAUGAAUCCUGGUGGUACAUUUACGAUUAUUCAAACAAAACUUGAAAACAAUAUUGUUACUUGUGCAUUUACAUUAUCAGCCUUUACUUCAACUAAACAACAACGAAAUAAACGACAGUUAUCAAUCUCACCAUUAUCUCAAACCAGUCAAUAUCAUCCACUUAUUGCAAUAGGACCUCUCGAUAGUUCAAAUUCGAUGCAAAAGCAUAUUGCUAAGCAGCCUCAGAGUAUACUUGUAUCAUUAAAUAGUGCCGAACAAAUUACUUAUAAUCUAGACUCAUCUGACAAUAGUACAAAGCUUGUGAAAGCUCAUGGUUGUUUAAUGAUAUUUGCAUGGAUACUACUUGUAUCAACAGGAAUUCUAAUAGCUCGUUAUUUCAAAAAGACAUUUGCAAAUAAAAAAUUAUUUUCAGAAGAUGUUUGGUUUUUUUUACACCGUGCAAUCAUGACAUGUGCAGCUACAUUAACACUAAUAGGAUUUUUAUUUAUACUGGUCUUUAAAAAAGGUGAGUGGGUGCAGAAGUCAACAAGCACCUCGAAAGAAUUUGCACAUUCAGUUAUUGGGAUUAUUAUUGUUGCUUGUUCGUUUAUACAACCAUUUAUUGCCUUGUUUCGAUGUCAUCCAGAUAAUCGUUACCGUUUCAUUUAUAAUUAUCUACACGGAUUCAUUGGAUUUUUAUCAUUUACCUUAUCAAUAGUGGCAAUAUUUUUAGCUGUAUAUUUUUCCUAUUUUACGUUUAUUCCCAAUACUCUUGGUUGGGGAAUAUUAGUUGGAUGGUCAUGUUGGAUUGUGACAAUUUUUAUUCUAUUUGAAUGUAGCGAAUAUUAUUUAAGACUGCAAAACAACAACGAAUCAAGAAAAUCUGAAAUGUAUCGUAUGGAUAGUGCAACAACGGACGACGAUACAUCAUUGGAACCAAUAAAUUCUUGGAUUAAUAAAAUAAAACUGUUAUUAUUAGGAUUACAUAUUUUAGUUGCAUUAACAUUUGUCUUAACUCUAGUGAUAAAAAUUGCACAAAUGCAAAUAUAA